AUGUUUCUUACAAUUGCUAUCCUAGGAAAAUUAAUGAACUGUUUCGGAUAUGAUAACUUGUCGUACGGUCGAUCAGCAGUUCAAAGCUCGACGUAUACAUGCUUCUGGUUCCGGGGUCGGAACUGUACUUCAUCUACGUAUAUAGCUUCUAAAGCAGUGGAUGGUUACAUUAGUACUUGCACAAGGACCGAGUACAUUGGUUUGAAUAAUGCAUACGACAAGGUUUGGUGGUACGUUGACUUAGGUGGUAUCCGCAGCGUGUAUGAUAUCAGAAUACGGUUCAAGGAUUAUAAAGACGAACAUGGAAAUUUGUAUUUGACGAGACAACGGAAACGCCUGGCGGGAUUUUCUCUGUAUAUUUCCAAUACAUCUCGACGAGAGGAUGGAUACUUGUGUUAUGAAGAUUUGUCAACAUUAGGGUUGCCAGACCUGGAUUUCAGUACAAGGUGCAUUAAAUAUGGACGUUUUGUCAUCUUUUACAACGAACGAAUGGACCAGAAAUUUUAUUCUUCGUCAAGAUAUGAAAACCCUGCUCUAACAGAGUUAUGUGACGUAGUUGUGCAAGGUUGUUAUCGAACAGGGGUAUAUGGAUAUAGCUGUGAUAUCAACUGUCCGACCAAAUGUCAAGGCCGGAGAUGCGACAUAGUUAACGGAUAUUGUCUUGGGUGUACAGAAGGAUGGUCAGGAUCGAAUUGUAAUCAAGCUUGUCCCUCCGGGUGGUAUGGACUUGAGUGCAAAUUAAGCUGCUCCGGAAACUGCAGAUACAGCGACAUCUGUAAUCACGUGACAGGGAGGUGUGACAGAGGAUGUGCUUCAGGAUGGAAAGGCUCUCAUUGCAACAAACUCCUGAAAUGUAAGAGAGUGAUGCUGUUGUUCCAUCUUGGACAAAAGUUUGAACUCUGGAGAUGUCAAUAA